AUGAACUUGCUGGGGUUGCUGGAGAUGUUCGAUUUUGAGGAUGUUGGCAGGGGCCCAGUUGAAGAAGAGCCAGGCCUUUUGCAUGGGGGUGUGAAUGUCUUGUUGGGAAAUAACAUGCCUUGCAAGACUGUUGGUAUCGGGUCAAUUAAGAUUAGAACCCAUGAUGGUAUUGUUAGAACAUUGAUCAAUGUUCGACAUAUACCAAAGUUAAAGAAGAACCUCAUUUCUUUAGGCAACCUUGAUUCAAAUAGUUUUAAGCUUUUGGCUGAGUGUGCAGUUUUGAGAGUUGCAAAUAUGAUAAGGUUUCUUGUAGAUGGCUACAACAAACCUAUCCCAGCAAUCUUAGAGAUUCCUUCAAAGAAUCAUCCAUAUAACUCAGCGCAUAAUUCAGCUCUUUUCCGUGUUAAAUACUUGUUUUCAGCUGAAUCAGUAGCAAGGUGCUGA